UCUUGUAAGUUCAAAGUUUGAAAGAACAACAACAACAAUGUAUGAUUUGUCUCAGCUUGAGAGACAAUUGGCUGAAUUCACUUCUUCCCUGUUUGAUGAGGGUUUCUUAGAUGAUCAGUUUAACCAGCUUAAGCAACUUCAAGAUGAAAGCAACCCAGAGUUUGUGGUUGAAGUGGUGAAUCUUUUCUUUGAGGAUGCAGAGAGGCUUCUCAAUGAACUUGCAAAGACACUAGCACAGGAUAACAUUGAUUUCAAAAGGGUGGAUGCUCAUGUUCACCAAUUGAAAGGUAGCAGCUCCAGCAUUGGUGCACAGAGAGUUCAGAAAGUCUGCAUUGCCUUCAGAAACUACUGUGAGGAACAAAAUGUUGAAGGGUGUCUCAAAAUCUUACAGGAAAUAAAACAGGAGUGUUCCUUGGUAAAAAGCAAGUUUGAAACUCUGUUUAAGAUGGAGCAGCAGGUUGCCUGCAGGAGACUUAGUUAAUAGAUGGUGAUUGAUAAGGGACAAGGAAGUUCCAUUCAAUUUGCAAUAACCAUAAAAGUAGCAUUUUUCAUCAACAUUCUGUUGUAAUUUUCUCUUUCUUUUUCACUGUCUCCAGUAUUGUAAUAUUAUAUUACCCUUUCUUUAUCUGCAAAGUAAGAAGACACAGAGUCU